GCGGGAUUCUAUCUUCCACAAGUAACAUUUCAUCUAUCAUUCUUUGAGAAUUGUGGUAUAAUUUUCACAUUCUUUCUUACUUUCACCAUCAUGGCUGGAAAUAUUGAUCUUUGUAUUCGGAUUUCUGAAGACAAAUCUGAACAAGAACAUGACCAAGUGUCUAGAGAAAAAGAAUUUGACUACUCACAAAGGGGACAGUGGCUGCGUGCUGCUGUUUUGGGAGCCACUGAUGGUCUAGUCUCUGUUGCAUCUCUGAUGAUGGGAGUUGGAGCUGUGAAGGAAGAUGUGAGAGCCAUGAUUCUUACAGGCUUUGCUGGCUUAGUUGCAGGUGCAUGCAGUAUGGCAAUAGGUGAAUUUGUUUCAGUCUAUUCCCAACGAGAUAUAGAGGUUGCUCAGAUGAAAAGAGAUAAGAAAAUAUCAGGAAACGAGGAGGAAAGUGAGAAGGAAGCACUCCCGAAUCCCAUUCAAGCAGCUGCAGCAUCAGCCUUAGCAUUCAUGUUGGGGGCCAUCAUGCCUUUACUUGCUGCUGCUUUCAUAAUGGACCAUAAAGUUAGGCUGGGGGUGGUGGUAGCCACAGUGAGCUUGGGGCUUGUGGUUUUUGGGUGGAUUGGGGCUGUUCUUGGGGGGAGUCGGGUGGUGAAGUCUUGUUUUAGGAUUCUGGUUGGAGGGUGGAUGGCUAUGGCUAUUACUUUUGGACUUACCAAGUGGAUAGGAUCUACUGGCUUGUAGUUGCAUCAGAAUAAUGUAUUUUCUCUUUUUCAUAUUGUAUUCAUCAGGUGUUUUCAUGUCAUAUUUAACACCAAUCAACGAUUAAUAUAAAAUAGUGGAGCUAAAAUUGGUAGAAAUAUGGUAACUUCGAGUUUUAGGCAUAAAACCUAAUCAUGAAUAGUGCGAGAUUGGAUUCAUGUAUAUGGUCCGUAGGAUCUUAAGAAACCCCAAAACUGGUAUUCCGUAUGUAUUAGUUAUACCAAUAUGUUUACUAUCAAUGGAUAAGGAUGAUGAGAUUUAAAGAUUGUUA